GACGCAGGGGAUCAGUGUAGGGGGCAGAGCCGCGAUUCCCUUUGCAGCCGCUCACCCUUCCCCCCUCCCCGCGGGCUUUUGCACACGACGCGCGGCGGGCGGCUUCACACGGGGUGGUGAGGGCCGGUAAUAAAGCGGGCGGGCACGGGGCGCAGCGACGGGACCCGAGCGGAAGGCGAGUGCACGCUGCCAUCGUCCGGCGCGCAACUUCGAGGGCGCACUGUGGGAGAGGCGGCAUGCCGGCCGUGGACAAGCAGAACCUGCUGGAGAGCACGAGCGGAGCCCGGUCAUACUUAGGAUCUCUGUGGAAGACUGAGGCUGGCAGGGCCCCUCCUGUGAACCUGCCUGCUGUUGAGCUGGCGAUCCAGAGCAACCAUUAUUGCCAUGCCCAGAAGGACGCUGGUAGUCACCCUGACCCCAAGAAGCAGACGGCCCGGCGCAAGCUCUACGUGGCCUCUGCCAUCUGCCUAGUGUUCAUGAUUGGGGAAAUCAUUGGUGGAUACCUGGCACACAGCCUGGCCAUUAUGACAGAUGCCGCCCACCUGCUUACGGAUUUUGCCAGCAUGCUCAUUAGUCUCUUCUCCCUCUGGGUGUCUUCCCGACCAGCCACUAAGACCAUGAACUUUGGCUGGCAGCGAGCUGAGAUCCUCGGAGCCUUGGUGUCUGUGCUGUCCAUCUGGGUGGUAACUGGGGUGCUGGUGUACCUGGCUGUGCAGCGUCUGAUUUCUGGAGAUUAUGAGAUCAAAGGGGGCACCAUGUUAAUCACGUCGGCCUGCGCUGUGGCUGUGAACAUCAUAAUGGGGUUGGCCCUUCAUCAGUCUGGACAUGGGCACAGCCAUGGACAUGGGCACAGCCAUGGUAACCAAAGCCAUGAAGACAGCCAACAGCAGCAGGAGAACGCCAGUGUCCGAGCAGCCUUCAUCCAUGUGAUCGGGGACCUUCUGCAGAGUGUGGGUGUCCUGGUGGCUGCCUACAUUAUAUACUUCAAGCCUGAGUACAAGUAUGUGGACCCCAUCUGCACCUUCCUCUUCUCCAUCCUGGUCUUGGGGACGACGUUAACCAUCCUGAGAGAUGUGAUCUUGGUUCUCAUGGAAGGGACUCCCAAAGGUGUGGACUUCACAGCCGUGAAGAAUCUCUUGCUGUCCGUGGAUGGGGUGGAGGCCUUGCACAGCCUGCAUAUCUGGGCGCUGACAGUGGCUCAGCCGGUGCUGUCUGUCCACAUAGCUAUCGCUCAGAAUGCUGAUGCCCAGGCUGUGCUGAAGGUGGCUAGGGACCGCCUCCAGGGGAGGUUCAACUUCUACAUCAUGACCAUCCAGAUUGAGAGCUACUCUGAAGAAAUGAAGGACUGCCAGGCGUGCCAAGGCCCCUCAGACUGACUAUCUGGUCAGACACCAUUGGAGGCAUGGCCAGGAUGCAUGGCGGUGCAUUGAGUGUCCAGCCAGGAUGCCAGGUUCAAGGCACAGCCUGCCUUGGUCCAUACCAGUGGGACUCUCGUUGACCUAUGAGCCCACAGGAUGCGCCUGAGGCAGAUGAGGAUGUCCUUCUCCAGGACUGUGUUUGGGCUGGAUCCUCAGCUGGCGUCCUUCCUAAUGUCCCAGCUGGAAAGGCACGGAGCCACAGAAGGGGACUCUGGGGUGUCCUAUACAUGUCCAGACACCUGACCGGGCACACAG